AUGGACCCUGAAACCUCUGGUUUCAUCAUCGCCUAUGAUAUCUCGGAAAACCAAGUCUUGAUCUGUAAUUUUGAUCCUAAACGACAUCCCUUGGACUCAUGGGACGAGGCUCUUUGCCGCAAGACUGUAGACGCAGCCAUUGGCAAGAACAUACGACUCUUAUAG